CCCGCACACUUACCGGGCCGAAGACUGAUAACAGCCAGUGACUGAGCUUCUGUGUGCGGUCAGCAGAGAGACACCGUGACGAAGCUUUGAAUUCUUUAUUUAUUGUGUGUGGAGUAUUUAUUUAUUUCUGUGAGAGAUGAACGGAGUGACGAGAAGUCUGUGCACCUUUGAGGACAUCAGAAGUCAGGAAUAUGGGGACGGGUGUAGGCGGCUGCGGCUCACACUUCACGACCAGAACCAGGCGGCGGCUCGGAGCACAGAGCAGCACAGGGACAAGCCAAUCGGACGAGCUUUUGCACUGGUGCAGCCAGCCAACGAGAGGACAGCUUUGACCUCUGAACCAGUCAAAUCCACAGAGGAGCAGGUAGAAAUCAUCAAGGUGUAUCUAGAGGCCCGCAAAAAAGAGCAGCAGAAACACCAAGAGAGCCUGAAGAUGCUGUCAGAUGAAGUUUCACAGAUACAGGAGGUGAGAUAUUGCCUGAAGACUCUGAGGGAGCAGAUGGCAGCCAAAAACAAGCCGCACACAAAUGGGUGGAAGGUUGGAAUCCCCUUCAGAAAGAGCACUUCAUCCACUAAACCAGGAGCUAAAGAUGACGGACAGGACGUGGAUGACGAAGCAGAGAGAAGCAAGCUGAGAGAAGUCAGUAAGCGCUUAUAUGCACAGAUGCAGGAAGCAGAAAAGAAACACCUGGAGGAGAAAGAGAGGCUGCAGGCUGAAGGCAGCAGGCUUAGAGAGCGUCUGAGUGACCAGCAGGAGAAGCUGAGGAGUACAGAAGAAGCCAGCGAGAAGAAAGACCAGCGCAUUGAUGAGCUCCAGAGGCUGCUGGGAGGAAUGGAGCAGGAGAGCGCCACGCUGCGGGAGGCCAUCCGCAACCGUGAGGAUGAACUGCGGGAACUGCGAAAAAUCAGAGAGGAGGGCCACAAAGGGGUGGAAAGGACUGAGCAGUUGGAGAAGGAGGUGGCCAUACUCAAAGAAAAGAUCCACCAUCUGGAUGACAUGCUGAAAAGCCAACAGAGGAAAGUCAGACACAUGAUCGAGCAGCUCCAGAACUCUCGCAUGGUGAUCCAGGAGCGGGACCGCGUGAUCAAAGAGCUGGAGGAGAAAGUGGCAUUUUUGGAGGCUGAGAACCGAGAAAUGCAUGACCAGGUGGACUACUUUCUGGGAGGACAAAGGUCAAAUUCCUACCUUUCAUCAGAACGCAACGCCCAGAUUGUCUACAGCAAACCAAUCAAGCCGUCCACCUCGUCCAACAAACCGCUUCCUUUCAUCAAAGUCAUCGAGAUCAAGUCAUGAACCAGCUGGGCAGAUGAAUUGAUCCGUUACCGCUGAGAAGGGCUCAGAAGCACCAACCGCCUGUUCGAUGCCGACUGAAGCGAACGUUUCCGAUGUGCGUGCUGAACAUCAGAGACCACAACUACCAAACUAAACAAUAUUGAAGGAAUAAAGGGGGUGGGAGGGGAUUAUCAGCACACAUACAAACACACGCACUUGUGUGUCUGCGCAUAUGCAUAAAGAAUGUGUGUAUGUCUGCUUUAAUGUAGAUGCAUUAGAGAGAGCAAUGUGCGUCUAAGUUUACGUGUAAUACUGCAAACUGUAUGCAAGUGUUUUUGCUUGCCCUGCUUUAAGUUUAUAAUCAUGAUUAACUGUAAGAGCAGGCGGUAAAAAUUCCUAACAACAUUAUAAAAUUCACAUACAGCACAGCAGCGCCAAUAAGCUGUAGCUAACGCCGCCGUCAGGACACACGAUGUGAAGAAUCAUUAACUCGUUUAUCUGAAUUGUGUCUUUGUCUUCGUUGCUGACUCCUCCGUGACUCCGCUCCCUUUCUGUGUGAACGGUGUAAUGCUUUAGAGUGUAAAUACUGACUGUAGCCUCUAUAAGGGCGACACCCUGUGAUUAUUUUUAUGGGCUAUUUAUUUUUUUCUCUGAGCUGUUUGUAAGUAAAUAUAUGGUUGUCAAGCCUCCAACGAAAAGUAUGGCACUUUAUGAAACUGUGAGGAUGCGGAAAGAAAAAUGAAGAUGUUUGGAAAGUCAGACACAUGAGAGGCGUCCUUUUUCUUAAUAUUUCUUGUAAAGCAUUUCAGUUCCCUGUCACUGUGCAGACGGUCACCUUCUUGUUCUACAUAUCCAUGUGAUUUUGAUGUUUUGAUUUCUACCUAACAGCUUUUUCCUCUAUAUUUAUUAAUGUUAAAUAAAAUGCCUAGAGAGAUUGUUUAAUAGAGAAGCUUUUGUACGAAGUACCUGUUAAUCUGCUAUCUGUGUUUGUUUUAGAAUAAAAUCACUGAAAAUCAA